CCUACCGUACCGUUACGGUUACGGUACGGCAUCUACAGUAUCAUCAUUUACUACCUCUAGCUAGUAGCUACUAGUAGAGUUGCGGUGUGCUCGAGCUAAGCUAUUAGUAAUCCAACACUGAGGUUUUGCUGGGACCGAACGUAGUCACAAGUCAUUCAUUUUGCAGACGCGUACAAACCAGAGCAAACAAACUUUAUUUUAAAAGAUACCAUACCACCACCACCACCACUCAUGCAUGGUAGCUAGGGGUUCCAGAACGGCAAUGGGUCCACCUGUCGCCUCUCGCACCAGCCAAUCACAAACGUUCGUGGUUGACGACCUUGGGCACCAGAGCUGGCACCAGUCUGCUCCAUCGGAUGUCCCAAUCUCAUCUCGAUAAUGGCACCACAAAGCGGAACGUCUCGUGGCAAUGUAAAACGGCUGAGCCAAUCUUGGAUGUUGGGAUCAGAUUCUUAAAAUGAGUCCCGUUUAUUUAGGGUGAAGGAAGCCACUUCCGCGGUUCUCGAGGUCCCAAACCCCAAGAGACUGACAAUGACUUUGUGGUCGAUUAGGGUUAAGAACUGGUAACGUCAGCACCGAAUUUGAUGGUGAGUUCUCAGAACGCUAAUCUGAGCUUACCGUCCUGUUUGGUAGAGUCGUUCAGAAAAUGACAGAAAGACGACCGCCAAACCUUUUAGUUGUGCUGCCAGAAAUGACAGUGAGUUAAGAAAAGACUUAAAGAAACUCUCAUGUUCUGAUUGUUCAUUGAGUCAAACACACGGUACGAAUGCAAAAGGAAAAAAGGUAUCUUGCGCAGGGAGGCUGGCUCCUUGCCAUCAAAUUCACUACAGACUGUAUGCACACCGGCCGAAAGAUACCAUCAAUUCAACCCAAAGUGCCAUAUUUUUUUCUUCUUGGGCAUCUCGAGGUUUCAUUCCAUUUUUCAUUUCAUUAAUUCGCACUCCCAAAGCAGUCCAACCAUGAUGAACUCCAACCCCCAGAACAGUGAAGAGCAACUCGACAGAGUAUGCAUCGUCGGAAGCGGGAAUUGGGGCAGUGCCAUUGCAAAGUUGGUAGGCCGUAACUGCAAACGACUUGAUCACUUUGAAUCUACUGUGAACAUGUGGGUCUUCGAGGAAAUGGUCAAGGACGAAGAUGGAGCAGACAGAAAGCUCACAGAGAUUAUCAAUACACGCCAUGAAAAUGUCAAGUACCUUCCAGGUAUUCAGCUGCCCAAGAACGUCGUGGCUGUUCCUGAUCUGGCCAAUGCCUGCGAAGAUGCUACACUUCUUAUCUUUGUCUUGCCACACCAAUUCUUGCCAAAGCUGCUUCCUAUUGUCAAAACCAAUGCUCAUCCAUCCUGCCGAGGAGUUAGUCUGAUCAAAGGUCUUGAUUUCGAUCAAGAGUCAAAACUGCCAGUACUCAUUUCCAAGUCUAUCGAGGAUGCUAUGGGACCUUACUUCCAGUGUGGCGUCCUCAUGGGAGCCAAUGUUGCGUCCGAGGUGGCCAUGGGACAGAUGUGUGAAUCCACUCUGGCAUCCAAGUUUGGACCUCCUGCAGAUGAGCUUACUCGGCUGGUCUUUGAUUCUCCAAAUUUCCGAGUUCAGCACAUUGAUGAUGUAGGUGGUGCUGAAGCGUGUGGUGCGCUAAAAAAUAUCAUUGCGCUUGGUGCUGGUUUCGUUGAUGGCCUUGGACUUGGCGGGAACACAAAAGCUGCACUUCUCAGAAUUGGUCUGCAGGAAAUGGCCAAAUUCUGUCGCAUGUUCUUUGACGAUGUCAAGGACAGCACAUUCAUGCAAAGCUGUGGAAUGGCAGACUUGAUCACAACAUGCUACGGAGGUCGCAACCGGCGAUGCGCAGAAGCGUUUGCAAAGAAAAUGCAGACUGUCGGAGAUUCUCUGGAAUCAGAUUACAAAGCAUGCGAGGAAAUCUGGGAAGACAUUGAAGCUGAACUGCUGAAUGGCCAGAAACUCCAAGGGACCCUGACUGCCAAGGAAGUCUACGAUGUGCUGGAAGCAAGGGAGGCAUUGGAUGAAUUUCCGUUGAUCAGAAACAUUUUUGAAAUCUCUUACAUGGGAAAGCCUAUUGAGUCUAUCGUGGAAGGCAUUGUUGUGAGUGGAAACAGAGCGGCUUCGGCAUUAUAACAACUUGACAUUUCGUCCACUAGUACAUGUAUCUUGUUCUUUGCUAUUUCUUCCGAGGUUUUUUGUCCCUGUUACCAACUCUGUUGUUCAGACUACAAUGUACCCGCAUAAUUGUUUUUGUUAAAUAAUCACCUAACCAUUUGAUGGUCCAGUUGCAUCCGCUCUCGAUCUAGUUCUGCAGGUGUGCCCAAACUGUCUGUCUGCGUUGGAAGGCCAUUGGGCUCGCCUGAGGCUCGAGCGGAAGGAUGCUGCGUCUCGUCUGUUCGCAUCUUUGGUUACGGCUGCUGCAUUGAUGUUUAGAUUGAGGCUCUUGGAAGCAUUAAUUCUACCAGAGACAUGUCUCCCGUCCUUUGGAUCCCUUGCUCGCAGCAUCGGUAGUGACAUGUAGUUGGCUUGUCAACAACUCGGAC